ACAAAUGCAGCCUCACCCUGCAGACGUGACAAGAGACUGAGAGAUAAUGAUAGAAUGUGAAGAGAAAGAGACAUGGAGAAACUGGUUUGGAGGACAAAAAGCAGGAAAUUAAAGACAAAGUCACAGAGCGCAUAAACUGUUCAGUGCAAACUAGGGCAGUCGUCUCUCUCUACCUUUUUUCUCUAUCAUACGUGACUUUCUCAUUCUUUUCCUGAUGGUGUUUUGGUCAACCUCGCUGUCUUUUGAGAAGUCAGAUGUUGGAAUGUGGAGUUUUUGGAAAGACAAGGAACGAUGGAUGAAGUGGAUCGGACACCUUUGUGUGAGGGAAUGUCUUGGAGUGUUUCCUGGGGAAAUCGAAUGCAUAUUGGAAUGGAAGGGGAACUCUGUGGAAUGUCACAGCUGUACCAGGAACAAUAGGUUGGACACAGUACUUGGACUUCCUUGAUACCAUCUGAUUGGUUCUGGAGGUUGCCACAAAGUGUCAUCAGACUGGGGUAUGAGUCAUGACAUCUGUGGUGCUUGUAGACAGUGGAGGAGCCGUGGUGGAGUAUGUCACUGCUGAGGAGGACCAUUUACUGGAGGAGGGUGUGUGUGAGAUUGAGGGAGAAAUGGAAGGAGAGGUGGAAGGGGAAGCAGAGUACCCCGCAGUGAUCGUGGAGCCAGUCCCCAGUGCACGGCUGGAGCAGGGGUUCGCUGCUCAGGUGCUGGUGUACGAUGAUGAGACCUACCUGAUGCAGGGUGUGGCUGAGGAGCAUGAAGUCGAGACUGAGAUAGGAGAGACAGUGGAAGCAUCAGUUCAUGGCUGCAAUGUGCAUUGCUCAGAUAAAACCAUUGAGGCUGCUGAAGCUCUUCUACACAUGGACUCUCCCUCCAGUUUACGUGGAGACCGGAGCCCGGAAGUGUUUGUGCCACCGUGUAUCAACACUUCUGAGUUCCUGCACGCUGCCAUGCGACCUGAUGUGCUGACCGAGACUGUGGUGGAGGUCAGCACAGAGGAUUCGGAGCCAAUGGAAAUGGUUACAAUUUUACAGGAACCUGAGGUGAUGGAGACCGAACCCACCAAGAGAAGAAAAUCUGGGCGGAAACCCAAACCUCAUCACAUUUCAAAUGGUUCUCCUGAUCUAGGCAUCAAGAAGAAGUCUAGAGAGGGGAAAGGAAGUACAUACCUGUGGGAGUUCCUUUUGGACUUGCUGCAGGAUAAGAACACCUGUCCCAGAUAUAUAAAGUGGACGCAGAGAGAGAAGGGCAUCUUUAAACUGGUGGACUCUAAAGCUGUGUCAAAACUAUGGGGCAAACACAAGAACAAACCAGACAUGAACUAUGAAACCAUGGGCAGAGCUCUAAGGUAUUACUAUCAGAGAGGUAUCUUGGCUAAAGUAGAAGGUCAAAGGUUAGUGUACCAGUUUAAGGAAAUGCCCAAAGACAUUAUCGUCAUUGACGACGAUAAGUGCGACCCUGGUGACGACCUAAGCGGAGAGAAGACCUAUGAGCGCGUACCUCUAUCCUCUGAAACUCUUUUGACGGCUGAUCUCUCCAAAACCCCUGCCAUCUUGAGAGGGGGCGCUAGGACUGUAGUAUAUCCAGGCUCCCCAAAAGCUAAAGCUGCGCUUACUGCAACUCCCGUUCAACGUAUGGUAACGAUCUCCACGACAACAGAUUCAUCUCAGCCGUCCCAUGCCACCAUCCCUAAUGCCAAUACACCCAGAACUGUGCGGGUUGCUAUGCAAGUGCCGGUUGUCAUGACGAACUCCUUGGGUCAGAAGAUCUCCACGGUGGCUGUGCACACUGCAAGCCCUUCGCUUUUCACCACUGCCCCCACUAACACUGGCAUGGGUCCUAGUGAGAAUGCCCCCAAAUUCAUGAUCCAGACCAUGCCAACAAUGGUGCCUGCAACAGCAGAGAACGGGGACAAGUUCACAGUCCAGCUCGCCAAGAUAAUCACUAUUCCCGCUUCCCAGCUUGCGCAGUGCCAGCUACAGGCCAAACCUGGCAACCCUACGGGCAUCAAUCUGAUGGGCGCUUCCCUUGCUGUUCGAGCCAUCACACCCGUUUCUGUGGCACCAGGGACGCAGGUGGUCCGACUAGCAUGUCCUACACAGCAGAAUCCAGCUCAGGCAAAAGCGCAGGUCCCGAUUUCAAUCCAGACGCAAGUGCAUCUCCCAAUCUCCGUUCAGAAGGCAUCCAAUCUGGUUUCAAUCCAGACCCCCAAGCAGGUCACAGUUCCCACUUCAAUUUCUGUCCAGAAUCCGGUGUCGGUCCCAGUUUCUGUUCAGACACAGGUCCCAGUUCAGAUCAAGAUUCAACAGAGCACCACCCAAAAUUCUGAAUCCAAACCGGACAGCACUUCAGCAGAACAGGUCAUUGUGGUCCAGGCGAGUCCUGAGCAGGACAAUUCCUGUCAACAGGUAGAUGUAAAGGAGGGUUCAAAACCACAGUCGGAAACAGCAGAGAGCUGAAGAGUAAAGAAUUUUGUCAGUCAUGAACAAUAAUAAGUGUACACACACACAGACACCUAUCUUCCUCAGAUACUAUUAAAUCAUGUGCUGAGUUUUAAUUUUUCAAACUCCUUUUUGGCAACAUGAUCUUACUUAAAUUUUCAGUUGACUUGUACAGUUUCAGAGUUCAAAUAUGGUCAUAUUUGAUACCUUUACGUAAAGACGCAAAAAGCAGUGUCAAAGAUUAUCAGCCCACAAUUCUCACAUCAUGUGGUUAAAAUCUACGUAAAAAUAAAUGUAUUUCUAGAUAUCCACCAUUUCAAUUAUGAAUUGUUCAUGGGACCAAUGUAAAGAACACUAAAGUUUUCCACGUAUUAGAUUUUUAUUUUUUUUUAUAUCAACUUUGACACUAACAGCCACUAAGCAGAACACUAAAGAGUGAGUAGUCCAGAAGUAGUGAAGUUGAAACGUAAAUGUGAACUUUUGAGGGAGGAUAAACUUUUUAUGACUUGUAUAGUUUUUUCCUUUUACUUUACAAUCACAAGGCAAAACCAGCAGUUUGUUUUGACGAUCACUGUGAGGGCACACAUCUGUCUGCGUGUGGCUGUUUCACAGGAACUUUGAAAAUCAAUUCUCCCUCUGCCUCUACUAAGGGAAGAAAAAAGGACUUUGUAUAUAUUAAUUAUACAGUUUACUGAAUUUAUAAACAAUGCAGCCUUAGAACAGUUUAAUUUUUGUUCAUGUUCUUUUUCUUUUUGUAUGUCAAGCUUGUGAUGUUUUAAAUAAUUGUUUUACACCUUCAACCAAGCACAGUAUUAUUGGCAAACAAUGCAUUUUUUUCAUAUUCUAAAAUCCUAAAUAGACAAAGAAAAACAGACCGUACAAUUUGGGUCAAUGGUGUAAUCAAGUCCAUGUCCACUAUAUGAGGAGACUGGACAUCCGGAAUAAUGCCAAUUUGUUGUCACAGAAGUACAGUUUAAGAAAAAGGUCAAUCAGCAGCAUGCAUCCUCAUCGCAAAUACAAACAUUUAUUGUGCAUUUGUUUUUGUUUGCGAUUUUGCUUUUUAUUAGUCCUUAAAGGGGAGAACAAGAUGUUUGUCUUCAGAAUAAUCUAGUUUGUAUAUUCAACAUUUGAAGUAUAUUCUAUUUUGUUGUACUCUUGUUCCAAAGUGUACUCAAGUAGAUUUUACUCCAGUAUAAAAACUAUU